AUGUCGCGUCGCAAGCAGGCGAAACCCCAGCACAUCAACUCGGAUGAGCAGCUCAUAGUUGGAAACGGUUCUCAGGAUUGUCAGGAUGAUGGAGAUGGGGAAGUAAAUGCAAAGAAAUGCAGGACUGAGGAAACCAACAUCUGUAAGAAAUGCUGUGCAGAAUUCUUUGAUCUCUCCAAGUUCCUUGAGCACAGGAAAAAUUGCACUAAAAACCCACCAGUUUUGAUUAUGAAUGAAGACGAGAGGGAAAUGCCUCCAAAAGACAGCCCAGAAUCUUGUCCAGAUAACUUUGCAAAUGGCCAACUGACCGAUCAAUCUAAAAGCAAUGAUAGCCCUGAAGAAAAAAUGCAUGAAGAGAAUGAAACUGCUGAGAUGAAUGUUGAUAUUGUAGAAUCUCAAAAAUCAUGUGCCUCAAAUGCUGCCUCAAGUUUACAUCCAGCCUCUGACGUGACUUAUGUCCCCCAAUCUAAAAUACCAAACACUAAUGUCACAUUGGAGACUAUUCAGAACACUAAAGUGGCAGUGACUCAGCAUGUUCCAGACAAUGUGCCUGCCAGUAAUUCAAAUGCAACUGGAAAUGUCAAUGUCAUUCCUAUAUUGCUUGAGCAAUUGGUCUGUUUGCAGCAGCAGCAACUUCAGCAGAUUCAGUUAACUGAGCAAAUCCGCAUCCAGGUGGCAAUGAUGGCACCUCAUUCUCUGCAUCCUUCCAUCGUUGCAGCUGCAGACCCUCUUAAAACACUGGGGGCUCACCUGUCACAACAGCUUUCUGCUGCUGCUGCUUUAAUUGGGCAGAAAGUUGGUAGCCAAACCUUUACUAUAGAUGGUUUUAAACCAGUCCAGCUACCUCAUUCUUCUAUUGGUACAACUCAUUUUAACAAGAGUUUACACCAUUCUGAAUCCGGGUCCCUCCAAACUACUAGUGCUCUAGCUUCAUUAACCUCCAAGCCUGAUUCCAUUUCUUGCUCUGAAAACCCCUCCAGGCUCAAACAUGGCAACCUUACAAGCCCAGUUGCGAGAUUUCCAAAUCCUUUGCUACCUCAGUCUCCAAAUUCUGCAACUAUCCACAGCCCGCUAAUGGGACUAUCUGCAGCUUCAGCUGCACGAAAUCAGAAAGGCAAGCCUCCAAAUGUUGCAGUAUUUGAGACGAAGUCCAGUUCAGAAGAGUCCUUUUUCAAACACAAAUGCAAGUUUUGUGGCAAAGUAUUUGGAAAUGACAGCGCUCUGCAGAUUCACAUCCGUUCCCACACUGGGGAAAGACCUUACAAGUGCAACAUCUGUGGUAAUCGUUUUACAACCAAAGGCAAUCUAAAGGUCCAUUUCCAGCGUCAUAAGGAGAAGUAUCCCCAUAUCCGAAUGAAUCCCUAUCCUGUUCCUGAACAUCUGGACAACAUUCCAACUAGCAGCGGAAUUCCAUACGGCAUGUCAAUACCUGUUGACAAUUCGGCAAACUGGGUGGACACCAAGCCUGUCUUACAAACAUUGUCCAAUUCAGUUGGCUUGAAGCUGUCAACUAGUUUUGAGGAUACAUCAGACAAGGUACCUGUGAGUGAUUUUCUGCAAAGACGAUCUCCAGCAGUAAGUGAAACUGCUUCUAUGUCAUCAAAUGUCAGCAACUAUGAAUCUAACCUAGAAAUUAAAUCUACAAAUGAAAAUGGCAGUGCACCUACUUUGGCUACUUCCAUAAUGUCUGAAACCUCAAAACCUAAGCCAGCUUUUGGUAACACACUUGAUAAUAGCCAAGCAUCUGAGACAUCCAAACUACAACAGCUGGUAGAAAAUAUAGACAAAACAUCCACUGACCCAAAUGAAUGUGCUGUGUGCCAUCGUAUUCUAAGUUGCCAGAGUUCACUAAAAAUGCAUUACCGUACUCACACUGGUGAAAGGCCAUUCAAAUGUAAAGUUUGUGGCAGGGCUUUUUCCACAAAAGGCAACCUCAAGACUCACUAUGGGGUACAUAGGGCAAAACCACCUUUGCGAGUGCAGCAUUCAUGUCCUAUCUGCCACAAGAGAUUCACCAAUGCUGUUGUUCUUCAGCAGCACAUCAGAAUGCACAUGGGAGGUCAGAUCCCGAAUACACCUUUGCCUGAGGGCUAUUACGACGGUUCUGAUCCAGAGCCAGCUUUGGCUGAUGAAAUUGCUGAACUAGACAGCAGUUUUACUGAUGAAAAUAUGGAUGAAUCUGAGUUGGAAGGGGACAAAGGUACGAAGGUGCCUACAGUUGAGUAUUCAAAACCAGUUUUGCCUUACAGUGACUUGCCAGCUAACUCUCCUUUGUUAGUAUUCUCAAAUAUAGCAGCUUUGGAGAGUCAGAUGAAAAUGAUCAACUCUAGUGUGAACUUGCAACGACAGAGCAGUUUGAAAUCUAGUGAGAAUGGCUCCCCAGAAAGUGAAGGUAUGGCUAAUGAUUCUUCUUCGGCAAUAGGGGAUCAAGAAUACCAGAAUAAUAGGAGUCCAGGUGCUUCAGAAUCUGCAUUGUUACAAGCUUCGUCUCCUGCUAAUAGCUAUAAUGGUAGUCAUCUGUCCAAGUCACCAGGAUUUUCUGCUCCUUGUGAAAAUUCAGGAACAAAAAUUGAGCCUGUUGAGACAUCUGAACUACCAAAUGAUGGUGCAUUAGAUUUAACAUCUGCCAAUAUUCAUCGCAAAAUUAAGGAAGAAGUGCCUAGUAUACCAUUUACUAAUGGGGACUGCAGUGCUGUUCAAGUUCCUGCAGGUUCCUUUAUCAGGGCUCCUCCUUGUCUGAUUAAAGUGGAAGUAAGCGACCAUGGAGAACGACCAGCAGGAACCACUGCACAGUUUCUUGCCCCAUCAGCUGUGGCUCCAAUCAUGCCACCUAUUUUGGCACCUCCACCCCGUCGUACACCUAAACAACACAACUGCCCUACUUGUGGAAAGAGCUUCUCCUCAGCAAGUGCUCUGCAGAUUCACGAACGCACGCACACUGGUGAAAAGCCAUUUGCAUGCACCAUCUGUGGAAGAGCUUUUACAACGAAAGGAAAUCUCAAGGUCCAUGUUGGAACUCACAUGUGGAAUAAUUCAGCCAGACGUGGGAGACGUCUUUCACUAGAUAGUCCUAUGAUACUGAUUGGCAAUGACCCAAAGAAGAUCUCAGAGAUGUUCCCAAAGGAUCUAAUGGCUCCUGCAACGAAUAUUGAACCAACCAUCUGGAACCAAUACACCACUGUGCUUGCCAAUGGCUUGGCUUUGAAAACCAAUGAGAUCUCGGUGAUUCAGAAUGGUGGUAUUCCUCCAAUCACAGUUAGUGUGGCAAGCGGUUCUGUUGUGAGCACUAGCACUACAGUUUCCAAAGUGGAUGCAUCCCAGUCUGGCAGUAGUCCAGCAAUCACUGAAGAGAAACCUAGUUCUGAAAGUGUUGCUAUGCCUCACAUCCCCCAUUUUGUGGAAGAAAGCAAAAUAGCUGUUAAUUUAAAGAAAAAUGACAUUCUGUAGCAAAUGUGCAGAGUAGAGUACAUUUUAGUCUUAGGUUUUAUGAAAAACAACCACAGACCUCAAUAUGGGCUACUAUUUUCAUAUAAUCCCAAAAAUGUAAAAUAGAUUUUUUUUACUGUAGCUGUCUCUAACAAAACUGCUGGGUACCUCCUGAAUUUAUGUUAUGAGUACAAUCAUUGCUUUGCAAAUUUAUUGUAUAAAACUCUGGGAUUUAUCUAAAAGAAUAAAAUAAUAAAGCGGGUCUUGCAAAGUGAAGCGUUUACAAUAUUGACUUGAGUUUACAAUAUUUGAAGUGUACAGCCUCUUUCUCAUGAAUUUUUACUACAAAAUCCUUAUGAAUCCAAAGAUUGAAAAAAAUUCUGUAAUUAGUGCUAGUUUUGAAAUAUUGAGUAGAAAUUGAACUGAAUCAUUUCCAUAAACUACUAUAGAGAUUUGUCUUUGAGAGUGUGUGUGUAAUUGUAUUUACUGUUUAUACAUUAAAACCAUUUAUGCGGGUAACUGUUCUAGAAUGUCAAUUGGUGCCAUCUGUUUAGAAUUCUAAUGACAACUGUUCCUUUUUUUAAAAAAAAUCUUGAAUGAACUCUUGUUUUAAGUAAAAUCCCAGAUAAAAGAUAAAUUUGUAGAACUAUAAUUCAGUGAAUUAAAUUGCUUAAUUUUACUUGGGAUUAACUUCAGUCAAAGAUCAUUAAAGCCAAUGAAACAUUUGGAGAUUCCUGUUCAGCUGAGAAUGCUCUGUCAAUUGUAGACUCAAACCAAAUAACUGGAGGUGGUGGAAGAAUAAAUUAACUGAUUUUUUUUUUAGCAGUAGUACUAGUUGCAGGACAACAAUGGGCCUCAUUGCCUCUGGGCUGAAGAGGCAGCUAAAAACAGUCAUGAGUCCUGAUCUCAGUGCAGUAAUAUUUGUUGGAAGGAAUAUGGUUAGAGAUUGGGUGAGAGCAGGAUUGCCAUCAGCUAUAAAACUUUCCAGACAAGUAGCUAGCACUGUUAAAGUACAGAGGCCAGCAGGCAUAAAAAGAAUCAUCAUCCAUCUCAAAUUCAUGCCAUUCUCAAGAUGGGAGAAAAGGGAAAAAGUAUUUUUAUCAAAACACAAUUAUCCUUUCUGCAUAGAUGCUUUAAGGACAAACAAAUAAAUAGGAUUUCUAUAAUAAAAUAGUAUACUGGCUUAAAUAUUCUAAAUUAGAUUUGGUUCUCUAUAUUUUUGGUUUGAAGGAGAGGGGUUGGGGAAAAGAAAUGCAACGCAUUCAUAAAUCCAGACGCUUUGACAACUUUCACAAUUGCUACAGUUGGGAUUUGGGAGAAUUCAGAAACCACUAGUCUUACAUAGAACGAUAUCAGUGGGACUCUGUGAUUCUUUUUAAAGUCCUCUUUAAAAAAAAAACACAAAGGGCUGCAGCAUUAAAUAAGAUGCAUUAACUGUCUUAGGCUUAAUACUGAUAAAACAAGAGUGCAUUCUUGAUUGAUUAAAACAUUGCCUACCUUGGUUGGUUUUAACCAGGUUACUUAUUUGAUUUGUGGAUGGUACACCAUUUAUGCUUUAGCCAAAGGAGACCCACAUGUAGCAUAUGAGGGAAGUGGGGAGGGUGGGCCCCAGAACUUGAAGAAAUUUUGUUAACUACCUCACUUUCUAAUUUUAGUUUUUUUUUUGUUUUGGUCAUAUUGGUUACUUUUGUAGUAUCUGACCAUUUUUGUAAAAUGAACUGGCUUGAAGUAGAUACCUUGUGCAGUUGGACAAUGGUUACAUCAGUAAAUGGACCAAGCUUUUGUCGACAGGGAUUUGACAGCAUUACAUAACCAGUUUUCUUUAAAAAAUGGACAUUUCUGCGUGCUAUAGUUUAACACUGAAUGUAUAACUGGAGUGCUGGAAAAAUGGACACCGCCUCUUGCUUUACAGAUGGAAUACUUUGGACCUGGUAGCCGGAGUAAAAUUUCAAUGCCAGCAUGGAAGAAUAAGCUAUCAUUUCAAUGCAGUGUUUUCAUAAAGUUCUGAAAUGACUGCUUCACUUUGGCCUUUGUGAUUUCAGUUUACCACAAGGAUUUUCAUGGUGCUUUCACAUGUAAAUGGACUGACAAUGGUAACUGAAUGUGCAGAAUCCAUAUGGUUUACAUGAAAAAUGGAUCUUUUGUUACGUGUUGCUGAUGCCUUGAAUAUGCUGUCUUUUCAUGAAUGUUUUAGUGGCUCUCUAGUACAUCUACUGAAUGUAAACUUGAUUUUCUUUCUGGCAUAUGGGAAUAAAUGCAGGAUAGCAUUGUCACAGUCA